UCCAGGAAAACCCUGGACUUAAGUAUAGUUUAGUGACUUUAGUGAAAGAGACUAACAUUUCCUUCGUUUCAUAUUAAUUUAGAAAUGUAAACUUGCCAUUUUUAACCAAACGAAUUAUUAAUAAUUUUAUUUGUGUUUACUCUUAUGACAUUAUUAAUUAUUAUUACUUCUAAGAGUACUAGUCAUAUAAAAAUAUUGUGAUAGUAAUGGCAUAUUGUCCAGUCCUGUUAGUUUUUAUUUUAGCAUUCGUUUGUGUAAGUACUGAAGAUGAACCUGUUCCCUCACAGAUGACAAAAGCAGAGAGGAUUCAACUAAGGGAGGAGGCAAGAAGCAUGUUCUACCAUGCUUACGAUGCCUACAUGGAUAAUGCAUAUCCAGCGGAUGAGUUGAUGCCGCUCAGCUGUAAGGGUCGAUGGCGAGGAGUUACGCCCAGUCGGGGGGAUAUGGAUGAUGUACUUGGAAAUUUCUCGCUGACAUUGGUGGACAGUUUGGACACGUUGGUGGUGAUGAGUGAUUUCUCCGAGUUCAACCGUGCGGUGAGGCUCGUGUUGCGUGACGUCAGCUUCGACCACGACAUCAUCGUCUCUGUCUUCGAGACCAACAUAUGGAUGCUCGGCGUUGUAACAAAAACUGCCUCGGAAUGCUGCCGAAUGGUGCUUAGGACAGAGUAG